AUAUUUAAAUAAAAUGCAUUCAAAUUCAAUAACUAUUUCCUAUUCCCUCACUAAACUAGUUCCCGAACUAAUUUUAUUGAUUGUUUUAAUUCGCACGACUUGUUUUGUUGUUAGUGUGUUGUUGGCAACAGAAUGACACAGAUAUUUACGUCAAAAUAUGCAUCUGUUGUAAAGCAAAUGAUCUUAUUUUAAUUUGUUGAUGUCUACUAAAAAGGGUGACCAUGGCUCGAACUCAUCGAAAAAAAUUGCUUCAAAUACGACAAAACAUCCCCUGCAAGAGACUGAAAAAACCAAAACCAAGAAAAAACCUACAGACUUAGAAUUAUCGAAAAAGAAAACCGUAACGUCUAGCGUUAAGUUAGUAAAUAAACCUGAGUUAUCAAAAUAUGAUAAAAACAAACCAAGAAACCCUCAUACAACUUUAGAAAAGAAGAAUAGUUUACAUGCAAUUAAAACUAAACCAGAAAUAUCAUCUAGAAAAAAUACAUCGAUUUCGAAAGAACUGGUAGAUAAUAAGAAAGAAAGAACACCUAUAAACUUAAGCAAUAUAAAAAUAAAUUCAAGAAUUACAAGUAAUCCUUCAAAAGUAGAAACCAAACCAAAUCCAACUAAACCUAAAAUCAACUCAGUUUUACCAGAGUUUACCAAAUCUAUUCAUACAGACGAAGAAUCUAAUAGACCUUCAACAGCUACAUUACCACAUGCCACUGUUACAAACAAAAACAAAGUUGGUCCUGAUAAUUUAAAUGUAUCCCCAUCUUCUAAAUCAGAUUCGUCUGAAGACAACAAAUAUGAAGACGAUUUUGAAUCGUACGAAUCCGAUUUUGAAGAAUACUCUUCAUCUAGUACAGCAAAUUUGAUACGCGACAUAUCGAGCAGCAGUUCAUUGAGUAGCUCUUCAGAAGAACCAAUGUCAUUCGAAAAACAUUCAACGAACGGUGUGAUUUUAUCGAGCGGAAGCGAAGAUGAUAAAACACUCGAUUCUGGUAACUUUGAGAUGCAGGGUUACAAACAUAAACCCAUGCUGGAUAAUAUUAAAGAAGCUAUAGAAAAAGAAAAUAUAAAUAUAUCGAAUUAUGCUUCGUUUUCUGAUGAAGGAUUUGAAGACCACAAAUCGUUUCAGUUUGUAAAUUUUGUAGAAGCUCAAAUAAAAAAUAAACGUAGGAAUAGCAUUCAAAUGAGACAAAAACGUGGGGAAGAAAUACUAAGUAUGGUUAGAUUAGAUUGUUGCAGUUUUACAUUAAUUGAUUUAGCACCGAUUUCAUAUGAAAUGUACGUUAGAAAUUUCGGAUCAAGUAAUACAAUACAAACUUCAACUCAAACAGGAGAUGAUGAUAUCGAUGAAGAAAUACAAACAGACGAGGUUGAAAAGGUGGAAAAAGGCACACAGCAACCAGAAGUUUUCAUUAGUUAUAAUAAAGCAGAAACUAACAGUAAUAAUGAUAGCAAAAACGUUAAAAAAAUAUUUAAUAAUAAGUUUCUCUUAGCUGCCUUUGAAGUAAUUUUAAAAAUCCAAGAAGAAUUUAGUAUACUGCGAUAUAAUUCAGAAAGUGGACCUUUAAGUAAAAGCAUUGCUAAUUUUAAAGCAAAUAUUAGUAUUUUUUCAAACUCUCAUGUUACAAGUAUUCAUUUCCCUUCAGACAAAAACGAUAAAUUCAUUUCAGUUCACUCGAAAGUUGAAGGAUCUCUUGUUACAAUAUGGAAAAUUUCAAACUGUGAACAACCAGAGUCAAUAAUUGUUUGCCAUGGAGCCAUAACUUGUUGUUCUAUUGGAGUUAACUGUCAAGAAUUCAUUUUUACUGGAUUGGAAGAUGGGGCAAUUUUAGUAUGGAAUUGUAACAGAAAUAUGAAUAAAGAUGAUUUGAUUACCACAGUUCCCUUGUUUUCCACUCGGAUUAAUUCUGGACAUCAUACAAAAGUUAUAGGUUUGAAUUUUCUGGGUAACUCAUCCAUUGAAGAAGGGAAUGUUCAACAAACAAACGAGCUUUGCAGUAUAGAUGAAACUGGAGAAAUCAUCUUAUGGACUAUACUGUUAAAAUAUUCAGACCAUAAGGAACAGGAACAAAAUAGUAAAGUUACCUUAGUGAAAAAUGCAAAUAUCUCAUUAAACUCUCUAUGUCCAGACAUGGAUUAUCUACACUGCACAAACUUUUCUUCUAGUAUUUUAAAUCCUUAUUAUUUAUUUAUAUCAACAAACUACGGCUCCAUAAUUCAUUAUGUUAUCAAAGCAGGAAUAAACAAAGUAAAACAAUUUGUUACUGGAGUAGAAUCUAUUCCAAAUUCGUUGGUAUGCUGUCCAUUCUCAUCGGAAUAUUUCCUCGGUGGUUAUAAAAACGGAAACCUUAGUUUAUUUGCGAGAUCUUCAGAAAGACCUCUUAUAAUUUUGUCGGAUAAAGAUAAGCAAAAUUCUGCCAUAGAGUUCAUACAAUGGUCAAAAAAUAAGUCUACUGUGAUAUAUUCAAAGGACGAUAGAAACGUCAUAAAUAUUUGGGAUCUUGAUGAAAGUGAUAUGAUGCCUGUUUAUACCAUUCCUUAUAAAGAAGAAAUAACCGCUAUGGAAAUGUUUUCUACAAGUAGAGAUGCUGAAAAUAAAUGUCCUUUUAUGCUGAUUGGGACCAAGCAAGGUAAUUUAUAUUUACAUCAGCUAAACGAAGGAGAAGGCCAGUCUGCCAGUCAGUUACACAACCAAAGUAUAAAAACGUUUUUCAAUUAUGUUAAAAGGUUGUAAAAAAUAUAUAUUAUUAUAUCGUUAAACAGUUACAAUAAAAAACUUUUUUGCUAUUA